AUGUUUAAUAGACAAUUUGUUCGCCUGGCUAGUAAUGCCGCAAAGAAACCUCAAACUUUAAGAUUAUAUGGUGUGGAUGGUACAUAUGCUACUGCUUUAUUUGAUGUAGCGGUUGCAGAAUCUAGAGUCAAUCAAGUAGCUUCCUCUUUGACAGCUGUUAACAAUAUGUUACGUACCGAUGCAAAAUUAGCUCAUAUUUUCCAAAACCCUGCAUUAUCCUUAAAAGAUAGACAAACUGUAGCUCAAACUGUGGUAAACAAUGGUUCAAUUAAAGUUGAACCUGCUGUGGCCAAUUUCUUAAAUGUUCUAGCUGAAAACAACAGAUUGUCCCUAUUAGAAAAGAUUGCUGCCGAUUUUGCUAAAUUAGAUGAUCAUUAUAAUGGUGUUGUUAACGCAUCUAUCACUACUGUACAACCUUUAGAUAAUAAAUCAUUUAAGAGAAUCGAAAAAGCUUUGGCUGCUUCUGCUCUUGUAGGGUCCGAAAAGACUCUAAAAUUGACUAAUAAUAUUGAUCCUCAGAUUCAAGGUGGUCUUGUGGUCGAAAUUGCAGAUAGAACUGUUGAUUUGAGUAUUGCAGCAAGAAUUCAAAAAUUGAAUAAAAUCUUAGAUGAAACAGUAUGA